AUGUCUGACGCUGGAGAUGACAUUCCUGUCGAAGAGACCGCCGUUGAGGUCACCACCGAAGCUCCCAAGGGCAAGCUUUCCAUUGAGGAGGCUCUUCAGCAAGUUCUGAAGAAUGCUCUUGUUCACGAUGGUCUUGCACGUGGACUCCGUGAAUGUGCCAAGGCCCUUGACAAGCGCCAGGCGCACCUCUGCGUCCUCGUCGAGUCCUGUACCGAAGCGGAGUACAUCAAGCUCAUCGAAGCUCUUUGCGCUGAGCACACAAUUCCUCUCAUCAAAGUCCAGGAAGCCAAGGUUUUGGGUACCUGGGCUGGAUUGUGCAAGAUCGACAGAGAGGGUAAUCCCAGAAAAGUUGUCGGCUGCUCCUGUGUCGUCGUGAAGGAGUACGGCGUGGAGAGUGAGGGGUUGAAUGUGAUUUUGGAUUACUUCAAAAACCGGUAA